GACAAAAGUGCUAACAAUAUGUUGUAAAGAUUACACUCCACUCGAAGCUCGCUUUCUGGACACUUCCAAUCAGAGAGACAAUGUCCACCGCCAGAAUGCAACCAUCUUUCUCGGCAACCAUCAAACACCUUACCUGCAACCACCAAUUCACUCGCAACCACUCCUUUUCCACCAACCGUUUGGCCCAUUUGAAGCGCAGUGAUGGGUUCAGAAGAAACCUCACCGUGACUGUGUCGUCUUCUCCAGUCUCCGACCCUCUUGAAGUCUGCGUCAAAGCUUCCAUCACAACCCCCAACAAGCUCGGCGACUGCCCAUUUACACAGAGAGUUCUACUCACAUUAGAGGAGAAGCACCUCCCUUAUGACGUGAAGUUGGUUGAUUUGGCCAACAAGCCAGAAUGGUUCUUAAAAAUAAGUCCAGAAGGUAAAGUUCCAAUAAUAAAGCUUGAUGAGAAGUGGAUUGCAGAUUCAGAUGUUAUCACACAAUCGCUUGAAGAGAAGUUUCCUGAACCACCUCUGGGAACACCACCUGAGAAGACUUCAGUUGGAUCAAAGAUCUUCUCCACAUUUAUUGGUUUCCUUAAAAGUAAAGACCCCAAUGAUGGAACGGAGCAAGCAUUACUUGACGAGCUGACUGCUUUCGACGAUUAUAUCAAAGAAAAUGGACCAUUUGUGAAUGGAAAAGCAGUGUCUGCUGUAGACUUGUCCCUUGGGCCAAAGCUGUACCAUCUAGAGAUUUCUUUGGGCCAUUAUAAGAAUUGGUCGGUUCCAGAUUCACUUCCCUAUGUAAAAUCCUACAUGAAGACAAUCUUCUCCAUGGAUUCAUUCAUCAAGACACGAGCUCUGCGAGAGGAUGUGAUUGAGGGUUGGCGACCAAAAGUGAUGGUUUAAAAUCGGUCUGUAGUUAUUACCCAGUAAUUUUUCAGCUCUACAUUUCUCUUUAAGAUGUAAAUGUGAAACUUUGUAUUCUUGUUUGACUUGUGUUUUUACUUUGAAAUCCAGUGCGAUACUUCCUAUGCCAA